UGCCAGGCUGUGCAGUGGCUCACUGAUUGUAUCGAUGCCGCUGCUAACACGGAGCUGCGUCGCCAUGUUACUGUCAGGCCUGUUCCGUUCCGCCGCCUCACACUCGGUGAGACAGAUUCGUCAUAUACAAAGGACAGCUCAAUGUGCAGGAGGAAGUGGUGCAGCCUCAUUUGUGCAUAGAGAUACUCCUGAUAACAAUCCAGACACACCAUUUGAUUUCACACCAGAAAAUUAUAAGCGGCUCGAUGUUAUUCUCUGUAGUUAUCCAGAAGGUCAUAAAUCAGCUGCUGUAAUCCCAGUGCUAGAUCUGGCUCAGAGACAACAUGGUUGGCUACCUAUCUCUGCCAUGAAUAAGGUUGCCGAGCUUCUCAAUAUGCCUUCGAUGAGGGUAUACGAAGUAGCAACGUUUUACACUAUGUUUAACCGCAAGCCAAUUGGAAAAUACCAUAUUCAGAUCUGCACGACCACACCAUGUAUGCUCAGAGAGUCCGACAGUAUUGUAGAAUGCGUCACAAAAAAGCUUGGUAUCUCUAUUGGGGAAACAACACCUGACAAGCUUUUCACUGUCACAGAGGUGGAGUGUCUGGGUGCCUGUGUGACUGCACCAAUGGUGCAAAUUAAUGACAACUAUUAUGAAGAUCUAACACCAAAAGACAUGGAAGAAAUAAUUGAUGAAUUAAAAGCUGGCAAAAUUCCCAAACCUGGACCAAGGUAUAGAAUUCAGAGUGGGCGUUUUUCAUGUGAGCCUGCUAAUGGUUUAACUUCAUUAUUAGAACCACCGAAGGGACCGGGUUUUGGAAUUCAACCAGGCCUUUAACCAGUUACAUUCAUCUACAAGAUCAGUUGUGUAUUGAACUUGUGUAGUUCUCAUUGUGUAUACAGUAUAAAUGUAUAUAAAAGUUUCCAUUCCAUCAUAAA